UUUACACUAAGCGAGUUCCACGAGACCGCGACAUAUGAGAAGGCGCAUCACCUUUCUUUCUUCUCUCCAAGCUCAAAACCUCUACUUCAAUCACCAGUUCCGAUUCCUCUCCAUCCCCAUCGAACCAUCAUCACUUAUUGAACACGUUCCCAAAACCCUAAAAUCUCAGAAACGAAUCCAUGUCGAAACCAGCUCCGAAUCAGUUCGCCGCGACAUCUACCGCUGCAAUCUCAGAAUCUCCUCUCUCGGCCGGCGAGGAGAUAUCGCCGGAGCCCGUGCCCUAUUCGAUCAGAUGCACCACCGAGACGUCGUCACCUACGCCGCCAUGAUCAACUUUUACCUGAAGAACGACGACCUUCCGCAAGCUGAAUCCCUCUUUAAGCGAAUCCCGGGGAGGAACGUGGUGGCCGAGUCCUCCAUGAUCGAUGGCCUUGCGAAAGCAGGCAGGAUCGAUGAAGCCAGGAGAUUAUUCGACAAAAUGGAGGUCCGAAAUGUGUUCACUUGGACGAUUCUGCUCUCUGGCUAUUGCCUCGCCGGCCAAGUCGAGAAUGCACGGAAGGUUUUUGAUAAAAUGCCGGAGAAGAACGUGAUCUCGUGGACAACGAUGGUUCUAGGUUACGCUCGAAAUGGGUUCUUAUCGGACGCCCGAAUCAUGUUCGAUCAAAUGCCUGCGCGAAACACAGUAGCCUGGACUGCUAUGAUCAAGGCUUAUGUAGAGGAAGACCGAAUAGAAGAAGCGGGUAAGCUGUUCGAGGAAAUGCCCCAACCAAACUUGUACUCUUGGAACAUAAUGAUCAAAGGAUAUCUAAAUUGCAGGCGAGUUGACAGAGCUAUUAGUUUCUUCAAUUCCAUGCCUGAGCGAAAUCCAAUCACUUGGACCACCAUGGUAUCAGGACUAGCUGAUAAUGGGAUGAUUGAAGACGCCCAAAAGCUGUUCGAUCAAAUGCCAACAAGAGACAUCGCAUCGUGGAAUGCGAUCAUAACUGCGUACAGCUCCAAUUCGCAGAUGGAUAUGGCUCAAAAUCUCUUUGAAUCCAUGCCCGAACGGAACAUCAUGAGUUGGAACGCCAUGAUCGAUGGAUAUGCUAAGAAUGGAUCUCACCAUGAAGCUCUGUUUAUUCUCAUCCUCAUGCUCAGAUCCUCAGUAGAGCCAACCGAGUUUUCACUCACCAGUCUUUUGGCUAAAUGUGAUAGUUUGGCAAUAGGGAUGAACAUGCAUGAUUUGGCUAUAAAGUUAUCCUUCGUGUUCGACACGUGUUUAUCGAACGCUCUGGUGAUCAUGUACUCAAGAAAUGGGGAGUUGAGCGAUUCAUGGCUUGCGUUCACUGAGUUAAAAGCAAAGGAUUUCGUCUCAUGGAGUUCGAUGAUUCUUGCCUUCGCGAACCACGGUUGCGGUCUUCAUGCAUUGGAAGCUUUUGCGAAGAUGCUGAGGUGUGGAACUCAGCCUGACUCAGUCACCUUCAUUGGUCUAUUAUCUGCUUGUAGUCAUGCCGGGUUGGUGGAGAAAGGUAGGAGGAUUUUCGACUCCAUGAUGAGGGGGUAUGGAGUGGAGCCGAAAGCGGAACACUACUGUUGCUUGAUCGACAUUCUCAGAAGAGCCGACAGAGUCGACGAAGCGAGUUUGGUGUUGAGUCGGGUGCCUGAGUGCGAGCGAGAUUCUGCUGUUUUGGGGACGAUUGUGGGCGCAGCCUGCAAAGCGCAUGGAGGGAUUGUGGAGGAUUUGAUUGAGCUGGAGCCAUUAGGAUCCGGAGCUUUUGUGAGCUUGGCUAAUGGUUAUGCAUCAAUGGGAAGAUGGAGUGAUGCGGCGAGGGUGAGGAAGAUGAUGAGGGAGAGGAAGGUGGAGAAAGUUGCUGGUUUUAGUCAGAUUGAUUUAGGGUUUAGGGGGAGUCAUGUGUUCUUUUCUGCUGAUAGGGCUCAUUCCCAGCAAGAAGAAAUAUAUGAAAUGCUUCAAGAGAGUCUCCUACCACAAAUGAAAGAUAUGUUGUGUUGCAGGCAAGUACUUUUUUCAUCAUGAUGAAAUGAUGUAUGUAAAUAUGAAAGAUUUACAUAUA